GUCCCGCAGUAAAUCACCGAAAUAGCACCUGUCAAAAUGGCAUAUUCCUUCAGUCAAACAGAUAUAGAUCGCUUCAAGGAGUGUUUUUUCUACUAUGCGCGGAAGGGAAACAUCGCGAGUAAGGAGGAGCUGGGAUACAUCAUGCAGUCCCUGGGAUACAGCCCCACCCCUGAGGAGGUCACCAAGUACUUUACAACCUACAGCAAAAACAGCAACAACAUUGACUUCGCCUCGUUUCUUGAGGCCAUGCACGACCAUUCGAAGGUAGAAAAUGUGGACAAGGAGCUGCUGAACGCGUUUGUGGCUCAUGACCAGGAAAAGCGAGGUUAUGUGCAGGCAAGCGAAGUCCGUAAUAUCCUCAUGAAGAUUGGGGUGAAGCUGUCUCGGGGUGAAGUGGAUGCAUUAUUCCGGGAAACGAAGGUGGCACCUGGAGGCCAGAUCCGUUACCAUGAAUUUCUGAAGACUCUCCUAAUGCCUGUGCCUGACUACUGACCAAUCAAAAGCCGUGUUAUAUAAGAAAGAAACUGAAGGGAUGUUAACCUGUUGAAAAUUUAUAGAAAAUACUUGACAAAGUGGAAGUAUUUCUACAGUUUUCAAGAAAUCAAUACGAUUUUUUGUCUCUUGAAAAAACUGGUACCCUGGAUGGUUUGUUGCAUCUUUCAAGAAAUUGGCAAGUUCAGCUAAAUUGUGCAAAAUAUGCUAAACCCAUCUAUUAAAGUGUUAAAUUUUCAAUAUGUGAACAUGUACGACAGUCACAAUUCUAUGCAAAUAAUUUUCUGGGAUAAUUAAUCAAAAGUGUAUGUCCCGGGGUGGAAGUUGAAGAUGACUUGCUAUUCAAAGUAAAGUAUGAAUGUUGGACUGGGGCCUGACUGGGUCAUGCCAGUAAAAAAGUUUAUAAUACAUAACUACAGCUUUUGGCAGUGGUACAGAUUUCCUUAUAUGAAAACACCAUUGAUUGAAAAGUUGGAAGUUGAUAAUGUUCAGAAGCAUACAGCUUAUAAUAUGCCUGUUGAUGCCAAAAUCUCAUUUGUACUUUAUCAUUCCAAAUAAGUUUUAUGUUGAUUGAAUAUAGUUAUUGUUUACAUCCAGUGAAAUGGAUGUUUAUCAUUCCAACCUAGUUUUACGUGUCUUAGAAUCCAUUUUGUCCCUCAAAUACUUACCACAUAGUAUACACUGAAAUCCAAAGCAAACAUUUACUGACGCGGUGUAGUUUUGAAGAUUGUUUAUCUUCAGUGAAAUAGGUAUAUGUAAAUCAACGUGUUAGUUUACAAGUCUCACUUGUAGUCAGAAGUCUAUCAAUAUUUUGGAAAAUGUCAGAUUUCUUGGCUUCACCUUUAACUCAUUCACCCCUGAAGACACAUUUGAGCUCUUCCAAUUAAAAGGUUGGGAAAGUUCAUAAGGAAAGUUCAGGGGUGAAUGAGUGAAGUGAUGUUUCAGCCUUGACAUAGUAUCUGUAGUCACUUCACAUUGACAGAAACACUUAAUUCUUGUUUAAUUGUAUGACUAGAUCAGAGAAUCUCACUUGGUAAUCACGCAAGGAUCAAAUGAUAAGUGCACCUGUGUAGCUGCCCUGUUGUCUGUUUUUAUACCAAAAGUUUUUGUAAUGAUCAUGAUAGUUAUUGUAUGAAAUUAUUAUAGAUUGGUUGUAGAAAACCCAAAGAUCACCAACCGCCAUCUCAUUAAAAGAAAAUGUCAAUAUACAGUGAAACCUUGUUAUACUGCCAACAUUUUCGCAAAAAGAUUUUACCAUUUUAAAAGUUUUUUUGUUUCUCCUAAAGGGAAAAACUAGAAAAGGUUUUAUGAGAAAGGGAAAAUCCAUGUAAAACACCGUUAACUCACCGUUGUCGACGUCAUACCAUUAGUCUACGACUACUACUGACGCAUCUACUGGUGUUACUGGUACACACUCCCGGUCUAGUGAGUCGGCAAAUGAUAUGAGGGUCGUUAUAUCAAGGUUUCACUGUCUUACCACGAUGGAUGGUUUUGAAUACUUGUUAGUGAUACCGUAUGUGAAGUUGUUUGUAAGAGAGAGGACUGAACAACGAUCUAAGAGUUGUGGCUGGAAUGAUGAGCUUGAAAAGUUACGAGCAUUUCUGACAGUUCAAAUUUAAUCUCAGCUUAUUUCAUAAAUAUAGAUAGAUGUAUUUGAUGAAGAUUUGGUGAAGGUUUCAGUAUCUUCCGCUACGCUUCUAAAGUUCUAAAGUUCUCGAGCAUGGUCAAUUUUUUAUUUUUAUUUUUCAAAAAUAAUGAAUUUGCAUGUGAAUAGGAGCUUUAAUUUUGCAUCAAUGGUUCCUUGGUUGUGCUUUGAAAUUAGGCCUGUCGUCUGUUCAGCUAUGCCUAAAAAAUGUUGUUUUCAUUAUUGCUCUUUUUAAUUUAGAGAAUGUGUUCCUUAAAAAUUUGUAAUUGUUAUCGUUACAUAUAUAUAUAUGAUAUAAUAUGAUAUACAUAAUAUUUCAUGUAAAUGAUUUUUUAUGACAUCACACUGUUUAAGCAUGUUGCUAGAUUUUCAAAGUUUCUAGAACUGUAAGGACCUGUACAGUCACUCAUAUUGUUUAACCAUGACCUGAAGAAUAUUACAUAAGUGACGUACCAUUUGCUAUCAAAAAUUUGAAAAAAAAGUCAAGAAUUCUUCAUUAAAGACAGAACAUGGUUAUGUGAAGAAUUUCAUCAAUCUUGCAUGAAAUGGGAAAAAAAUGAAGAUUCUUUCCAGUAAAUACAGAAGGAAACAAGUUUUAAUAGGUAUAAUUAAGGUGUCAAAAAUUCUGCCUUCUUCGCUAAUUGUCUCCAUUGUGAUGUCAUAACAUAAUCUGGAUGUCUGUUGGAACAUUUCCUCACCAUUUUUCUGGCAUCACUAUGAUAUGUUUUAUACUACAUGAGUCUGUAUAUACAAAAUAAAGGCCAUUGUUGUAGUCACUGAAUUAUUUAGUAAUCAUGUGAUAAGUUAUACAUAUGAUACACAUUUUAUAUUUUUUGUUUAUUAAAUGCAAACUUUACUAAAAUAUUCCAAUAAAAUACACAUCAAUGUUUA